AUGUUAAUUAUCCCAGAAUUGGAACAUUGUGAAUCUUCGCAUUCUGUUGUCUUUCAAUUAGUUUUUGCUAUAACUAAAGGAUUAUUAAUGUUGUUUGGUUGUUUUUUGGCUUGGGAAACUAGAGCAGUUAAUGUGCCUGCUUUAAAUGAUAGUAAAUAUAUUGGGAUUGCUGUAUAUGCUAUUGUGGUUAUGUGUGCAGUUGGCUUAGCUUUAGCACUUAUUUUACAGGAUCAUUUAAACGAAGCAUUUGGUUUAAUUAGUAUUUUUAUAAUUUUUGGGACAACUUUAACUCUUUGUUUGGUUUUUGUUCCAAAAAUUGUCGAAUUAUGGAAAACACCAAAAAAUGCUUGUGAACAACAAAAACAUCAAAGGAAAGGAAUGAUGAAAAGUGUUGUUGGUGGAAAGAAUAAUUCUUUAAUUAAUUCGAAACGUUCUGCUGGUGGAACAACAACAAAAAGAAAUUCUACAACAACACAAGAAGGUUUACAUAGACAAUUAUCUUUAAUUUCCCCUGAAGAAAUGUUGAGGAGAAGUGGCCUUUUAGAAGUAGAAAAUUUGAGGUUACAUCAAACACUUGUUGAGAAAUCUAACCAACUCAAAGAAUUACUUGAAAAAGUAAAAGAACUUGCUGAACAACUUGGAGGUUUCUCUAAAAUUUUUUGA